GGGAUGGAAGUUUUCUCCUAAUAACAAAUUAAAAUGGCUUCAGUACUUACGGAUCACAAAUUAUCAAAAUCGAAAUUUCUUAAUUGGAUAAAGGCGGCAUUGGCUGUGCAUUUUACAAAAGAAGAGAUUGAGCCUGUUGUUCAAGAUGAAAUAGAACAGUUCCAGCGUAGGUGUCUACAAGACAUUUGCACAACAAAUGGCUUACCAGUUGGGAGCAUAUGUACAACUUGUAACACAGAAAAUGUUAUUGUUUGCCCUACCGACAGAAUUUGCAAUGCCAAACGUGGGAAAUGUAAAUACCAUAGAAAUUUUGCGACACAGUAUCGUCCAUCCGGCUGCCCCAACAAAAUUUGCGAUCGUAUGAAAUCUGAGAUUCAAAAUGCACAUCGUUUCCAAGGCCCAUCAUAUAAAAACACGGACGCAACCAAGUGGUGCAAUGAUACUUGGGAAAUCGCAAAGUGUUUUCUCCCUCCUGAUGGUUACGCCAAUGUAUCGAGUGCAGCCGAAACUGAUUUUAAUGGCAUCAUCAGUGUCAUAAUCAAUCACAAAGAAUUUGAAGUGAAAAUAAAGGAUGACCUGUCUAAAAAGGGGAACAUAUUUGAAAAGGGUAGAGAUGUUGGUAAAGCUGUCAGACAUUCUCCUAAUCUUGAAGUAGAAGAUACAGAUCUCUCACAGUAUUUUGUCAUUCUAAAUGAUAUUUUGACUGAUCCUGGAUUCGUAGCCAUGAAUAAAUCAUCAAAUAAAGUAAUUCAGAAACUGUCAAAGCUUCAAACUGAUGAUUUGAUUAUUGGUAAAGACGUUGUACGUAAAGUUUUGGAAGACGUAGGGAAAACGGUUCAAGAGCAAAUACGAAAUGAGAUCGAUGAGUACAAAUAUAAGACUGAGAAACAGAAGUUAUUGCUGAUUGACAUUGUUAACUUGAAAGUUAAAGAUAUUGAAGAUAAAGGUAAUGUUUCACUUACGCAGCUGAACGAUGCAUUAAAAUCGUGUGUUGAUGCAUUUGAUGCAAGAGUACAAAAAUCAAUUCAAGAGAUAGAGAAUCAGACAGAAAAGGAAAAACAAAAACUAGAAACUGCUGCUAAUGAAGGAGUUGAAAAGGUUACCAAAGAGGCCGAAAAUGUUAUAAAAGAGGUACAGAAAGCUGUGGAACAAAGACCAAGCUACAAUGAUGCCAAUGCGGAGAUGUCAGAAGAAACAUAUCAGAAACGGAAAGAAGGUACCAAAUUUUUUAUGUAUAAGAAGAAGAAUU